UGUGGCGUAAAAUGUGGUUUCAAAAUUUCUCGAAACCUGACAGUUUACAGAAGUGUGCUGAUUUUGCUCAUUGAGGAACCCGUAGAAGCACGAAGAGGCAACAAAAUGCUGAGGUUCUCUGUGUGGCUCUCAUUCGGAGCCCUCGUCUCUUCUAAACUCACAUGUCCUGACAAAAGCACCUGUUCUGACCACGCAACCUGCUGUGAGACCGAGCGGGGAUACAGCUGCUGUGCAUACCCUAAAGCUGUGUGUUGCUCCGACUUGGCCCACUGCUGCCCACAAGGAUUUCACUGCAACCUGACCACUCAAUCGUGUGAGCGAGGCCCGAAAUCAUGGAAGGAUCCGCCAUUACUGACAAGAAAAGCUGCUUUGGAGCCCCAAGUCACCCCACUUUUACCAGUGUCCUACCCCAAGCCCUUGAAAAAGACACCUGUAACAGCUGUAGUAGAGGCCCGUGGUAGCAGGCAGGAGGAUGAAGUUAUUCGCUGCAAUUCUAAGUUCUACUGCCCACAUAGCACAUCUUGCUGCAAAGGACCUUUACCAGGGUCUUGGAACUGCUGCCCCUACCAACUGGGCCAGUGUUGCAUGGAUGGUCUGCACUGCUGUGAAUAUGGAUACAAAUGCAACUUAUUCCCUUUGUCAUGCAAUUCAAGAAACCCCAUGAGUCCACCAUCAAUGCAGCAACAUGCUCAAAAUGACUGAAGCCUACCAUUCAUGGCCUUUUUUAAUCAUCUACAAUCAACAUUUGAUAUAUUUCUAAAAUAAAAAAAAGGUUGUCUCAAUCUAGCAAUCUCAACAACAUGACUCUUAUUACUAUUUCUAAUAGAAUAAUUUAUAUACAGUAAUAAUUUAGUUAAACGGGUGAUGGAUGCUUUUAUUUUUAAGAUAACCGGAAAUGCUCUUUACUAGGCACCACUUCCUCUAACGGAAAUUGACUGCAAUACAGGUUUGCAUAAACGCAUUUAGUUUUGUAUGUAUAAUGCCAGUAAACAUUUUGCUAUGGAUUAUGAAUUUUAAAUACUAAAGGUGAUAUUCUGGGGUUGUUCCUCAAACUGCUGUGUCCUGAACGCAAUGUUUGAUCUGAUGUGAUAGCCAAUGUGCAUGUGCAUUGGCUAUCACAUGUGUCAACGGAGGGCCGGAAGUGCAGGUUUACUCGCCAACCAGUUUCUCCAGCAAGUGAUUUAAUUGAUGAGCUCAUUCCAUCAAAUAGAUGAAUGUGUUGAUCAUCAAACAUGAAAUCCUUUAAAGAAAACUUGCACUUUCUCGACCC